UUGCACGCGAACCCCAUCUCGCAGACGAAGUCAGUUCAGCAGGCUAUCGAUAAUCAUGCACACCGAAAGAGGACAGCUCCGGGAUUCUAAACAGUGCCUACAACAACGUUCCGACCUGCGCAAAAAGAUUUUCAGAGGGUUUACAGGUGCUUUAGUUCUUGCAGGAGUAUCACUCUACGUCACGAAGAAAUUCAUAGAAAAGAGGCGGAAGGCGGAUUUGGAGAUCUAUCGUUCCCUGCAGCGUCCCGACGCGAAGAAAGACGUAGUGACUCCUGCAGGGCCGUCAUCUACAUAAUUCAACAAACAUGGUCGACUUCCUUUCAUUACCAGAACACCCCCCUCUCAAUCCCUUUCCCAUCUUCAUAUUCCAACCACUCACUUCCUGUUCUGCUCGCGAUUAACGUUGGGUAAAUCAAAGCGCGAUUACGAAGUGAAGAAGGUCACCGUGAUAGGCCGUACAUCAUAACGUAAGUAAUUAACCUGCCCUCGACUAUUUGCAUUCACUCUGAAGGAACCAUAUUG